ACUACAACUCUACUAGACAGAUGUAGAUAAUACACAUGAAUUGUUAAAUGUUUUGUGGACUUUUACUGUUUUACUUAUUUUGAGGUGGUUGCAAAUUAGUCACACCUAAAAAAUUGAUAUUAUACUUUUUUUUUUUUAAAUAAAUAUAUAUUAUAAAACUAUAGUGAGAAAUGUUGUGGGGGCAAGCUCUACGUUUUUCAAGGUUAGCAUAUAAUGUAAGCAGGAACGUAGGAUUUGCGACACCAAAAACGAAUAUUGAAGCAACAUUCAAACGAUUAAUAUCAGUAAAACCUCCUGUUUUACAAGAGGACAAGAUAUCUGUCACCUUUGUGAAAGCCAAUGGUGAAAAGAUUGAAGCUAAAGGAAAAGUAGGAGAUAGCCUUUUAGAUGUGGUGGUAAAUAAUGAAAUUGAUCUUGAUGGUUAUGGAGCCUGCGAAGGAACAUUAACAUGUUCAACUUGCCACCUUAUAUUUGAAUCUGCUGAUUUUGAUAAAUUGCCAGAAAAGGCUAGUGAUGAAGAAUUAGACAUGCUAGAUCUAGCUUAUGAUCUAACAGAUACUUCAAGAUUAGGAUGUCAAAUUAUUUUAUCAAAAGAGUUAAAUGGACUUGUUGUAAAAGUACCAGCAACCAUAAAUGAUGCACGAAGCUCGGAUUUAAAAUAAUGUUUGAAUAUCUAUUUAUUAACUGAUUUUAAUUCUUUUAAACAAUGUUGAACAAAUAUGUACAGCAAUUUUUAUCAUGUUUAAAUGUAUAUAGAUUAUUGUUAUUAAGUGGUACAUAGUUUAUUUUUACAGUUGCAAUAAAAGUAUAAUAUUUAAUAAAAUUUAUUUAUAUACGA